UCAUCCCAGCGCGAGGCUAGCAACGCUGCACGAGCCUGUGUGAGCCCCACCAGCGUUAGCUUAGCUAGCAACUAAUUCAGCUGGCUUUUCAUCAAAAAUGGCUCAUUUGAGGCUUUAAAAGUGUCCGUCCACAAUGUGAAACUCUGCCUGCAUUGCGUGAACCAGCAGGGAUUCAGACAAUCAUCAGUGGUGCAGCGGACGUGGUGGAUUUGCAAUAAGAUCAUGUGGUGGGCCUGGCCGUUCCUGCCUGCUCUGGUGCUUCUCUCAGAGCUCUCUGUGGUGAGAGUCCAGACUGCACCAUGCCAGACCUGCCGGAAACUUACAGAGAGUUUUAUCAAGGGCUUAGAGAAAACAGCGAAUAAGAACUUUGGGGGAGGAAACACUGCUUGGGAAGAAGAAAAGCUGGCUAAGUAUGCACGCAGUGAGACUCGGCUCUUAGAGAUAGUAGAAGCUGCCUGUGAGAAAGCAGAUUUUGAAUGUAAUCGGCUGCUGGAGCAGAUAGAGGACCAGGUGGAGACAUGGUGGUUUCACAGGCAGCAGGAGGCACCAGACUUGUUUGAGUGGCUGUGCAUUGAGGAACUGAGACUCUGCUGUCCACCUGGACGCUUUGGACCUGACUGCAAAGAGUGUCCAUCUGACCCUGGUGGUGUAUGUGGAGGUCUGGGCCGCUGUGAGGGGGAGGGAACACGCCUCGGAGAUGGAGAAUGUGUCUGCGAUCCUGGAUACUCUGGCCGUCUGUGCCAGAGCUGUGCUGAUGGUUACUACAGAGAGAAAAGCUCCAACGACAGCAAAGGAGCUUGUGCAGCUUGCUAUCACUCAUGUAAGAAGUGCGCAGGGCCGCAGGACUACAAAUGCCUCGACUGCAAACCCGGCUGGAUCCUUCAUGACAACAAGUGCGUAGACAUUGACGAGUGUGGUACCGAGUUGGCUCGUUGUCCUUCCAACACCUACUGUCACAACACUGAAGGAUCAUAUGAGUGCAGAGGCUGUGACCAGGCAUGUGUGGGCUGCAUGGGUAGUGGUCCUGCCCGCUGUAAGAAAUGUGCACGUGGCUACAGAUUGACAGGAGCAAAGUGUCUCGAUAUAGAUGAAUGUAGUGAUCGUGCAAUAGCGUGCCCUGGACUCAAUGAGGCCUGUAUCAAUGAGGAGGGCUCCUUCCACUGUGACUGUGCUGAUGGAUUCAUUAGAAGAGACAGCAUCUGUGUUGAGAACAAGCCCCCUGCUGGGCCAGAGAAGGGGCUGUUUGACGACAUGACAGAUGAUGAGGUCCUGGUACUGCAGCAGAUGUUCUUCGGCGUUGUAAUCUGUGCCAUAGCUACGCUCGCUGCUAAAGGUGACAUGGUUUUCACGGCCAUUUUCAUCGGAGGUGUAGCUGCUAUGGCCGGAUACUGGCUGACAGAAAAGGGAGACUACAUGCUGGAUGGAUUUCUGAAGGGACGCUAGACUGUCUGGAGCCACGAAAAAGGACACUGGAAUACCAGCCAGUUAAGGUGAAUAAGACUCAACUGGGGGCAGAAAAUAUCCCUGCAAUGCUUGCCUUUCAGGGAUUUACUUGGGGAGUUACUUGAAAGGGCUCGGGUUCAUUUAUGUUUAUGAAUAGGAUAACACAGGAAAAGGUGAGAACUUGAAGGCUAUGAAGCCGCAAAACUUGAAGAGGAAUAGCAAAGCAACACUGCACUGAUAUAAAGGAAGUGAACUUAAUCCCUUACCUCAGCUUUGUUGGGAACAAGGGUGAAACAAAGACCACUACUGAUUGUUAAAAUCUAUUAUGCAUUUGGAUGUCUCAUCUUGCCUCAAUGUUAAAAUGAUGUCGUUUUCUUCCACACAAUCAAAACCUCCCGUCCAUCACGUCGUCCACCAUGUUUUUUCAUUAUCUAGUGUCAUAAAGCAGAGGGUUGGCUGUCAUGUUAUUGCAACACUCAAGCUUCUUGCGUUGGUCAUGUGGUUAGAUAAGGCAAUUUUUAGGAAUUUCCUCAAUCACCCCAAAAUGAAAGCUCAUCAAAACUCUGGGAUAUUUCCAUUCUGAUUCACUGGUUAUUUAUGUUCAUAGAAUGACUUUUUACCUCCUAACUUAUUGAAUGAUUCUUUUUAGUGAUAAUGCAUGAAAAUAGGAUUUGAAAUGAAAGGUACUUUACUGUAUAUAUUUAUUUAUUGUCUUACUUUGGCAUGGAAGACAGACUUUGUCAGCUGCUGGAUCACCAACACUACUGCUAUUGACCACUUAGUGAGUGUGUGUGUGAGGGAAUGUGCUUCGGUAAAUUCCAGAGUUGAUCUGGAUGAUUAAAGCCACUUUUUUUUGUUGCCUUUAAUUUAUUUGACAGCAAUAUUUAUUGGGAAGACAUUUAUCAUAUUUUGCUCUUGCCAUUUCUUCUGUGUAUUUUUGUGUGCAUUUUUAAUGCAGUUUUUUUUAGUCUGUUAAUUGGUUAUUCUAGCAGAUAUGGUAGCAUCAUGUUAGAAAGCCACUGAAACGUCAUUUUUUACGCGACCAUCUACUUUGUCUUUGGUUUUCCUUGUGUGGAAAGUUUUCCACAAAGUUGUUGUUAUAGAUGUUUGCUUUUCAAUAAAAAGUCUGUCACUCACGAUGUUUUAGUUAGAAUUAUUACAUAAACUCUUAACAUAGAGAAAAUGAGGGAAAACAUUUCAGCUUUUUGAAAAUGAUUUUCUACAAUUGCAAAAUGCAUGAUAAAUUACAGGACCUUUAGGAAGCCUGUGACUGGAAAAAAACUUCCAAGCAGCAUUGUUAAAAUGGUUAUUUUUACGAUGUAGUGCCCCUACACUUUUAGAGCGGUACAUUACGGCCAACCCAA